AUGCGUCCAAUUCUGUCAGCCUCAGGGACAUACAACUAUAAGUUAGCUAAAUGGUUGGAGGAAAAGCUCAAGCCUCUCUCGAUGAAUCAAUACACCAUUGACGACGCUCUUGGUUUCUCUAAAGAAAUUCGCGAACAUCCUGUCCUUGAAGGCGAUAUACUGGUUUCAUACGACGUAACGUCAUUGUUCACAAAUGUCCCAGUUCAGGAAACCAUCAACAUCCUUGUCGAGAAAGCCUUCACCGAUAAUUGGUUCAAUUCAACGUACGAUCUCAAUUUACAGAAGGAUCAGCUCACUCAACUUCUCAGAAUGGCUUCCACGGAUCAACUUUUCCAAUUUGAUGGUCAACUUUACGAACAGUGUGAAGGAGUUGCUAUGGGGUCCCCCCUUGGUCCUUUGUUGGCGAACGUGUUUAUGUGCCAUCUGGAGGAAAGACAAUCUGACGAUGAUUUAAUUCCUUCUUAUUACAAGCGUUAUGUCGACGAUACGCUUGCAAUAAUGCCUGGACUCGAUGCAGCUGAAAGUUUCCUCAAUGUACUCAAUGGACUCCACCCUAGUAUUCAUUUCACUAUGGAACUUUCCAACAACGAUUCAAUUCCUUUUAUUGGAACGUUGAUAAGAAAGAACGGCAACAAGUUGGAGACUCAGGUCUAUCGUAAACCUACGAACACGGGCCUUUUACUUCAUUUUCAAAGUCACACCGAUUUGCGCUACAAGAAGUGUCUUAUCAAAACAAUGAUUAAAGGGGUAAGUUUCUAAAGAAACUGUGGUGCUGCGUCGGUGGGAGAGUAUAGCAGGUAAUUUAGUGUUAACAACUGGGUUGAAAACGUAAAUUAGCCACCGUAAAGGAUAAAAAAGCUGACGUUUCGAGCGUUAGCCCUUCGUCUAUCGCUCUGACGAAGGGCUAACGCUCGAAACGUCAGCUUUUUUAUCCUUUACGGUGGCUAAUUUACGUUUUCAACCCAGUUGUUAACACUAAAUUACCUGCUAUCAAAACAAUGGUUCAUCGUGCAAAGGAAUUGUCCUCUACGCAUCAAGCAUUCGUCGAUGAGUGUAGGCAUCUAAAAUCUAUGUUUCAUCGCCUUGGUUACCCUAGUUCUUUGGUGAACUGUAUUAUCGACAAAUGUGAUUAUUCCUCUACACCAGAUACUAAGACAAAAUCUGAUGAAACUUUAAGAGUCAGUAUUCCUUUCAAAGAUCAAGUCUCAGCGAACAUUGCCAAAAGACAAAUGGGCGAUCUCAGUUAA